AAAUGGGAUACGAUUAAGAGCUGCAUGUCUUGGACUGGUUUACAAGAAACUGAUGAGGAUGUCAACACUUGGUAGCAGAAAUGUUGGUGAAGUAAUAAACUUAUUUGCCAAUGACGCGCAGCGAGUGUACGACCUGGUAGUAGUUGGUCCGCUGAUAGUAGGAGGUCCGAUAGUAGCAGUGGGAGGCGUGAUCUACAUACUCUGGCUCCUGGGCCCCUGGGCUCUCUUUGGCAUGAUUGCCUUUCUUCUCUUUUAUCCAUUCCAGUUUGGAAUUUCACGAUUAAUUAGUUACUUUCGAGGGAAAACAGUGGCUGUCACAGAUGAGAGAAUUUCUAUGGUGAGUGAACUGCUGAACUGCAUCAAGCUUAUCAAGAUGUAUGCUUGGGAGAAGAGCUUUGCUGCUAAGAUUACAAAGAUUCGUAGUUGUGAAAGAAGAUUAUUGGAAAAAUCAGCGUAUGUUCAGAGUGUUAGUGUAGCCAUGGCUCCCACUGUACCCAUCAUUGCUGCCAUUAUUACAUUCUUGGCUCAUAUUGCUGCUGGAUAUAACCUCACUGCACCUCAGACGUAUAGUCUACUGAUGGUGUUCAAUACUGUCAUAAGAAAUGGUUUCUCUUAUUCAGCAUAUGCUGUUGUUUUAGAACAUGGACGAACCUCUCUUAUGCGCUGUCAGGUUAGACAUGAACCUCUCUCAUGUGUUGUUGGGUUAGACAUGAACCUCUCAUGCAUUUUUGAGUUAGAUAUAAACCUCUCUUGUGCAUUAUUGAGUUAGACAUGAAGCUCUCUCU